UGUUAUUUUUCUCACCCGCUUUCAUUUACACGAUUCAUAUUUGGUUUUCCUUUAAAAUGGAAAUUUAGUGAACUAUCUUGACCCCACUUGGAUCCAGAGCUAUCGAAAUGGCUAGUUGUCUUGGCAACCAAUACACAAUACACAAAACCAAUGCACAAUACACGGCGGUCAGCUGCGACAGGGAGCGAGUCUAACGAUUUAAAAACUUAGUUUUAAACUUGGAUUCUUCGCCAAACUUUAACACUUGGACUUUAAACCAGACUCUUGCCGCCAUGUCUUUGCACAACAACAACGCUGCAGCCCACAUAAGAAAGAUGUCAACCGUUCAGAAGCUAUCAGGCAUGAAGCCUGGUGAUGGAUUGAUUGAGUCUCAUGGGAAAGGACUCAUUAAACCCGCUGGUCAAGUGGAACUGUCUGAGACUGCACUACAAGAAGAAAUCACAAGGAUCCUUACCACAAACAACCCACAUGCUCCCCAAAAUAUUGUACGCUACAGCUUCAAGGACCGUUCCUACAAGACCUGUAUUGUUGAUCAGAUGGCUGUUCUCUUUGAGAUGGAAGGCAGCCUCGUGCAUGAAGAUUCCGAUGAGGGUCGGAGACUGAGGGCCAGGGGGGGUCUCUGUGAAGAGGCAGCAACAGUCGACACAGAGACAGAACCAGAUGAAGAAAAAACGGAAACUCCGGCUACACCUGCAGAAGAUGGAGGAGAAGUGGAAGAAGUUGGAGAAGAGGACAGACCAGAUAGUGUCGCCUCCAAAAUCGACAGGAAGGAGCCGAAACAGACUAACCAGUUCAACUUUAGUGAGAGGGCUUCCCAGACCCUUAAUAACCCACAAAGGGACAGAAGCUGUCAGACUGAACCACCUCCACGCUGCACCUUCUCUGCCACUGCCAGUCAGUGGGAGAUCUAUGAUGCAUAUGUGGAGGAGCUGCAGCAACCAGAAAAGUCUCAGAGCGAUGACGCCACCAAACUCAAAAAAGCGGCCAAGAUCCUUGAAAGAAUGGUCCAUCAGAACAUAUUUGAUGACAUAGCACAAGAUUUCAAAUACUUUGAGGAUCCGUCGGAUGAGUUCAGGGAUCCAGAGGGCACCCUUCUCCCUCUGUGGAAGUUCCACUAUGACAAAGCCAAACGACUGUCUGUCACCGCCCUCUGCUGGAAUAACAAAUAUCAGGACCUGUUUGCUGUGGGUAUGGGGUCAUAUGACUUCAGGAAACAGGGGCACGGCAUGCUUCUCAUUUACACAUUGAAGAACUCGUGGUUUCCUGAGCACGUCUACCCCACCACGUCGGGCGCCAUGUGCCUCGACAUCCAUAAGGAGUGUUCCUACCUGGUGGCAGUGGGAUUCCACAACGGCUGCGUGGCCGUCUACAACUUGAAACAGGAGGGAACGGAGCCUGUGUUCAAGAGCACAGCUAAAACUGGGGAACACACUGAUCCUGUCUGGCAGGUACGCUGGCAGAAGGAUGACAUGGACAACAACCACAAUUUCUAUUCGGUGUCUGCUGAUGGCCGGGUUGUGUCUUGGACGCUUGUUAAGACUGAGCUGGUCUUUACCGACAUUAUCAGACUGUCAAUGAACGGUACUAUAUCUGAGGGGCUAGAACAUGCCCCACAGUCCAGCAUCGCUUGUGGUACAGCGUUUGAUUUCCACCAACAGAUCGACUAUCUCUUCCUAGUUGGCACUGAGGAUGGAAAAAUACAUAAGUGCUCCAAGACUUAUUCCAGCCAGUUCCUGGAGACCUUUGACGCCCACAACAUGGCAGUGCAUGCUGUGAAGUGGAACCACUUUCACCCAAAGGUCUUCAUCUCCUGCAGUUCAGACUAUACGGUCAAAAUCUGGGACCAUACCAUCAACACUCCGAUGUUCACCUUUGACCUGAGCGCCGCCGUCGCAGACGUCUCCUGGUCUCCAUAUUCCUCCACUGUAUUUGCCGCUGUCACAACAGACGGAAGGGUAAGUGUUCUUUUCCAUUUUGUGCUAAACGACGUCAUUUCACCGUCGUACGGUGGCCGACACAUGGAGGACAAAUGAGCUGCAUGUUCACAAAUGCUGCAG